AUGACUGCAUCAUCUUCUCAACGUCUCAAAGGUAUUCUAUCAGUAACUGUACUGAAAGCCAACAAUUUAAUUAAAAGUGAUUUAUUUGGUGAAAACGAUUGUUAUGCGAUUAUUUCACUUACACCUCUUUCCAUACAAUCGAAAGUAAAGGCUGAAAAUCAAUUAGGACAAACGGAAACAUGUCAGAAGACACAAAUUCAUGAUGGUUCUGAUCCUAUUUUCAAUGAAAAACUUCUAUUUCCUGUAGCACAGGAAUUAGAAGCAUUGUACGUUCAACUAUGGGAUUCGGAUAUUGGGAAAGACGAUCUUUUAGCUCAUGGAACGUUGAGUUUGCUAGACGAUGACCAAGGUGGUCAAUUUAAUACGAAUACGAACAAAGAAUGGCUUCAUACUGUAACUAUUUCCAUGGUCAAUGAAAAACGUGGACAUGGUGGUACACUAGAACUUGUCCUUCAUUUUAUUCCAGAGACGGUUGCUGCCUAUAUGGGCAAAAAAUUCAAUGCUACUCAAGCAGAGCUGAAGAAAAGAUUGACACAGCAAAUAGUAGAAAAAAUGACCGGUGUGGCUUCAGACAAAAUUCGAGGAUACGUUGGCAUCGGUGAUUGA